CCCGGAUGUAGGUCAAAUUCUAAAUGAAAGUAGAUAUCACAGACGAUGAAACAAUCUGCGAAACAAUCAGCAUUGGUCACAAUUUGCAGUGUAAAUUCAUGUAUAACCGAAUAGGUUUUGUAUGGUGAAAAAACAUGGCAACAUCCAAUCUUGGGCACCUGUCACCCCUGUCUCCAUUAGGAGCAAAAGAAGAAACAUUUCUCGAGAACUUUUUCAGGCUCAUCAGCCAGUUUUCCUAUGAGAAAGCUCGUGAAUUAGCAGAUAAAGAAAAAGACAACCACAAAGCAGCAUUUGCAUCGUCAUGGGGACUGUUUAUGUAUUCACUGACCCAGUUUGCUACGGCAGAAAAAGGCUAUAUGUCACUGGCAUUUCUGGAGCACAAGGGUUUCUUCACUCGUUCAAAGGAUACACUGAAGAGUGUGUACCACUCACUGGCACAGGAAUUUCGUAAGGUGGAGGAUAAUGUACGGAAUCAGGAUCAACUGGUGCACUUUGGCCUUCCCCACCCAUCUGUGGAGUUUGAACAACUGAUUGCUCACCUGUGUGGUCAGCUUGGACAUUUUGUCCUGGCCAGACAGAAGACAAUGGAGUUUUAUGAGCAGGUGUGUACGAUGGGGACAUACAAGGUUUUAAACUACUCCGAACUGAUGGUGUCCAUAUCAAAGAUUGUCCAGAGCAACAGUCGGAACUUCCACCACCCACUGCUUAGUCAUCUAAAGUCAAAAUUCUUCUAUGAGUGUGAAAUCAUGUCACACCUGCUUCAAGCACAGGUGUUGAUGACGGAGCUGCAGUUCCUACCCUCCCUCCUUCAGCUACAUCAGGCUCACAGCAAGCUGACAAGCUGGGGAGCCAGUGCAAACCAACCAAAGGAGGUAAAGAAGUCAGCUUUUGGUGGCUCCAGUAAGCAGAACCCGUAUCCAGCUCUCUACAACUGGAUAUUUAAGUACAAACAAGUCCUCCUAUCAAAGUUCAGUCUGUAUUUCUAUGAACUGCUUUCGAAACAAGUACAUCACAGCGAGAUGAAAACGGUGACUGCCAAACUAACGGAAGAUUUUAUCAACAAAAUUGUGACAUUCCAGAGGAAGUCUGAUGCCAUGCAUGUAUCUCUAGUACUAGACACACAAGGGAUCCACCGGUGUAAAGGUUCUGGGUACCAUUUUCCCAAGAAGUAUUCUGAGGAACCCAAAGGACUUGACAGUUUUCCUGCCAUAUUUGCAUAUCCUGCGGAUAGACAGGUGCAGAACCACUGGCAUAAUAUUGUGAUGCUGAUCAACAACAGACCAAGUGACCACCAUGCUUACGACAAGAUUACAUGUAUAUAUGACAAGACUGCCCAGAGUACAUACUUCAUAACCCAGGUUGAUGUGAGGAUAACGUUUGUUGUUAUCUUCGAGUGCAAGAAGUCGGAGAAAGACAAUUUCGUCAAUAAUUUCAUGGCUGACAUACGGACAAAUUUAAACUGUGCAAGAUUGUAUACAGCUCUAAAACCAGGAGUGCGUGUAUAAAUUAACGGACUGAAAUGUUAUAAAAUUGUUAUAUAGAAAAUGGACUGAAAUAAAUAUGAAAUGAAA